AUGGGUCGAAUGAAUGUUUCGAUGAUGCGGUACCUCGAAGGGGACCACUUUCGAGUUUUGAUUGCGGUUGAAAUGGGUAUGAAGAAUCACGAGGUGGUUCCGCUUCCUCUGAUUUCUUCGAUUGCUGGAAUUCAUCGUGGCGCGGUGGCGAGAACUCUGUCCGAUCUUUGCAAGCACCAGCUUGUCGCUUUUGAGCGCAGCAAAAAAUUUGAUGGAUAUCGUCUCACCAUUCGCGGUUAUGAUUAUUUGGCGUUGCGCGCGUUGUGCUCUCGCGAUGUCGUCGGAAGCGUCGGAAAUCAAAUCGGAAUCGGAAAGGAAUCGGACGUCUACGUCGGUGGUGAUCCCGACCUCAAUGAUUUGUGCCUGAAGUUCCAUCGUCUCGGAAGAACCUCGUUCAGAAAGAUCAAAGAGAAGAGAGAUUACCACAAUCGCAGAAAGAAUGCUUCAUGGCUUUAUUUGAGUAGACUGGCAGCUGCGAAGGAGUUUGCUUUUUUGAAAGCCCUCCAAGAGCGAGGAUUCCCUGUCCCGAAAGCGAUUGACGUAUGUCGUCACGUUGUCGUCAUGCAACUCAUUGUCGGACAAACUCUAUGCAAUGUUAACCAUAUUGAAGACAAAGGAGCUCUCUAUGACAGAUUAAUGGCGCUUAUCGUGAAAUUGGCGCGCCAUGGUGUUAUUCAUGGCGACUUCAAUGAAUUCAACUUGAUUCUUCUUGACGAUGAAAAAAUUAUGAUGAUUGAUUUCCCGCAAAUGGUGUCGAUUGACCAUCCGAAUGCUCAAUUCUAUUUCGAACGUGAUGUGAAUUGUGUCAGGACAUUCAUGAAGCGCCGAUUUGAUUAUGAGAGCGAAGAUUGGCCAAAGUUUGAUGAAAUUGAGCGCAAAGGCAACAUGGAUGUUCUUCUUGAAGCCAGUGGAUUUACCAAAAAAAUGGCACUUGAUUUGAAUAAGGGAAAUUUCCGUGCGCAUUGCGAAAGUGAGCUGAAAAAUGGCGAAGUUUCAAAUGAUGAUUCUGAAAAUGAAGAAGACGAUGAUUCGGAAUCGAGCGACGAUUCGAUGGCAGCGAUUGAUGAGAAGGAUGAGGAGAUUGAUGAUGAGGAAGUUGAGGAUACAAAGAUUGAAGCGAAGCAUCAGAAGAUUGUUCUUUCACAAAGUACUCGGUUUAAUGAUUGGCUUCAAACGGCGACGGCUCAAUUGGACGCGGUUGAUCUGAAUGAGCUGAAGAAAGAGGACGGAUAUGACGAGAGCCAAAUUCCGGAUGAAGUCACGUCAUCUAUUAUGUUGGCCAAAGAUGAGAAGAAGGAUGAACCGAAUAAUGAGGAAUCCGACGAUGAGCAUUAUGCUGUUGAAGAUCCGAAGCCGAAGAUUGUGAAGAAGAAAGUUGGAGCUAGUGGAACGAAGAGUAUCGCUACAAGUGUGGCAACAUUCACUUCAGAAGAGAUCAAGCGCAAAUUGGCUUUGGAGAAGCUUAGAAAUAAGGAGAAGACACGAUUGAAAGUGAAAGGCAAACAGAGCUCGGUGAAUCGGAAUCGCAAAGAGAACAAGAAUGUGAUUGCUGAAUAUGCUGGAUGGAUUUGA